AUGUCCGGUUCGAAAUCCCCGAUAGAAGAGACCGAAAAGUCUCUCGUGCAGAAAGCCAGAGCAUGGGGAGAGAACUCAUUCCCACCCACCCUGCUCGCCACUCUUAUCACCGCACAAUACAUGCGACCGUUCCAGGCACUUCCCAUGCUUUUUCCUCCCGUCCUUAUAUUCACCAGCUACGCCAACAUCCAAGGCUUCAAGACUGAUACAGCCGGUAUCAGCGCUGCGUGGUCCGGGCUGUACCUGUUGCUCGCGGGUCGUCGGAAGCAGCCGUUCAUGAAGAAAUGGGGCGCGAGGGGAAUUAUCCGCGGUGCGACAAUGGGUCUGUGCUUGGUUAACAUGGUUAGUGGUGGGCUGGCGUACACCCUUGGAAAGAGGGAGGAUGAGGAGGAAUGA